CUACCGUACGGAAGAAAAUUGCGGAUUAUGCUAGCUCUGUCAUAUAACGUUGUUUGUUGUGUGUGAUCUCAUUUCUAUCGUAUUCAAGAUUUUCCUCUUCAGCUUAGUUUCAAAAGUUACUUACAAAUCAAAAUGAGUGCGUGGCUGUUUAUAUGCACAACAUAUACUUUUAUGUGACACCCACAAUUCAAGCGACAGACUGUGAAAAAUUUAAAAAUGAGUGACGACUCGGAAAGUGGAGGUGAAGAAAACUGUAAUAGAGAUGAAGAAAGCCCAGAAAGUCCCAAAUCAGAAUCUCGUUCCAGAUCUUCAUCUCCAGCUGCAAGAUCAGUUUCCUCACCCACGUCACCACAUUCACCUGCUUCACAAUCUGAUGGAGAAGUUGCUCAGGAUUCUCCUCCUUCAUCUCCACAGUCUCCUUCAUCACGCUCAUCUUCUAAUGAAAGAAAAUCCUCGCCAUCUUCACCAAAUGCUUCUUCACCUCAGCGUUCACCUUCAGUUGCAAAUGGACAACAGUCUGAUGAUGAAGCACAGGCUAGCGAUGUUGAAAUGAGUGAUGCCGAAAACCACGAUAGUGAUGAUGAAGCAGCUGUAAAAAGAGAUAGUGAUAAAAAUGAUGAAGAUGCCAAGAAAAGUGACAAUGAAGCCAGUGAUCAUAGUGAUAAUGAAGAAUCUGAACAGGAGAAUAUUCCUGAAGUGAAUAUUGAAAGUGCUGAUGAAAAUGAAGACGAAAAGCAAUCUAUUAAAGAAAAUGCAUCAGAUAAUGAAAGUGCUGAUGAAGAGAAAGAUGAUCAAAAUAGUGUUCAUGUUGGCUCUGAUGAUGAGAAUAAAAGUGAUGAUGAAGGUGACAAUGAGAAACAAGAUUUUAAUAAGAGUGAAAGUGCCCAUAGUUCUCCUUCGUCCCCUAUACAGACUAAGGAGAAAGAAGCCAGUGAAUCAGCAGAUGAAGAUAAAAAGAAGUCAAAGAAAUCUGAAAGUGAUGGUGAAGAUAAUGCUGAAUCAGAAAGUGAUGCAGAAAGUGAUGGUGAAGGAUCUGAAGUUGGCGGUCUAAUUGCUGAUAUAUUUGGUGAAAGUGAUGAUGAUGAAGAAUUUGAGGGCUUUAAUGAAGAUGAAGAUGUUGGUGCUGGAAAAAGCUCAAAAGACAGUGGUGUGAAAGUUAAAAAGGAGAAAAAGAAACGAGCAAAGAUUAUGUCUGAUUCUGAGGAUGAAAAAGAAGAGGAGGAUGAUAAAGAAGAAGAAAUUGAGGAAGCAUCUGGUAUCAUAGAAGAUGUUCCUGCACCACCCCCAGAAGAAAAUGAGGUGCAGGAAGAAGAAGAACUACCGAAAAAGAAAAAGAAAGAAGAGUCUGAUUCAGAAGAUGAUGAAGAUCGAAAAAUGAGAGAGGAUUUUGUAUCAGAUUUUGAUUUGAUGAUGCAAAAGAAGAAAGAAGAAAAUUCUAAAAGAAGAAAACGUAAGGAUGUUGAUUUAAUUAGUGACAGUGAUGAUCUAAUUGCUGAUAUUAUUUCUCAAAUGAGACAAGCUGCUGAAGAAGAUAAAAUGCUGAAUGAACAAAAGAAGACAGCAACUAAGAAGUUAAAGAUUUUACCUAUGGUUAUGUCUCAAUUGAAAAAGCAAGAUUUGAAAACUGCAUUUUUGGAUCAAGGGGUUUUAAAUGUUAUUGCUGAAUGGCUCACCCCUCUACCAGAUCGUAGUUUACCUCAUCUAAAUAUUAGGGAAGGAAUGCUGAAGCAGCUGCUUGAUUUUCCAAGUUUUGACCAAAGUCUUCUGAAAUCUAGUGGUAUUGGACGAGCUUUAAUGUAUUUAUAUAAACAUCCUAAAGAAACAAAGGAAAAUCGUGCAAGAGCUGGGAAACUCAUUACUGAAUGGGCUCGACCUAUAUUUAAUGUUACUACAAAUUAUCAUUCAUUAACUAAAGAAGAGAGGGAACAAAGAGAUUAUGAACAUUUACCAAAACAGCUUAAACGAAAAAAAAGUGAAGAUGCACCAGAAGAAGAACCUAGCCCUAAGAAAAACAUGGAAGUUUUGGAGACUGAAAAAACAACAAUCAGACCUGGAGAUAAAGGUUGGAUUGGAAGAGCUCGUGUUCCUAUGCCUUCAAAUAAAGAUUAUGUAAAUAGACCAAAAUGGAAUGUAGAAAUGGAAUUUGGGAGAUCAUCAUCAAAGAAGCCUCUCACUCGUAUCGAGAAACAUAUGAGGGCAAUUCAAGAUAAAAAACGUUUAAGCAAACAGCAAAGAGCUAUUACAAUCAGUAUUGAAGGCAGAAAGAUGGCUAUAUAGUUUAUGAACUUAGAAUAAGUUUAUAUUUAUAUAUUGUAUAUGUGAAUGCAUUUUGGCCGUUCUUUGUAUUAUACUUUAAAGUUGAAUGAAUUUUUUAUUUACUUAAA